CCCUGAGAGCUGUUGCAGAGUCAUGAAAGAACUGCAAAGCAGACAGACGAAGGAAAAUACAACAGUGAUUAAAGCGUGGAUUUAACGGGCUGAGACUGGUGGUACAUCAUGGCAGCAGCAAGCAUCUCUCAUUCUGGUUCUGCUCCGGACCAGGCCUUGGAGGAUUAUUCUCUCUACAGCAAUCUGAGUGAUGACGAGCUGCUGCAACUCGCCAUCGAGCGCAGUCUGACCGACACUCACAACAGCACCGCCACCAAUGCCAACACAACAACCAAAAUUCAACCUACUCGUUGCCCUGACAAAGGAUUGAACCCUCCGGCAAGAAACACAAACCAACACAGUUCCCAUAAUCCACCUUCAAGACACAGCUGCCAUAAUCCCAGUGCUGCCAACACCUCUGCCCAGUACAGUUCUCCAAACCCUCCAAAGGAGAAGCCUCCUGACCUGAAGACGUUUGAUGGAACAGUCAGCCGGUUCAUGUCGGGUACUGGAAAGAAGAUGGUGGUAUAUCGCCGAGCUGAUGGCCAUGUGGUCCACAUCGCUCCAGAACCUGAACAGGAGGAGGAGCCUCUGUUCAGAGCAAUCCGUGACGGUGACGCAUGCAAAGUCAAAGCACUGGUCAUGAGUCAAGGAACAAACCUGAUGCUGCCGAGCAAACCUGGCUGGCUGGCCAUCCACCAGGCGGCUUGGUUCGGCGAGGAGAUGUGUCUGCGUGUGCUGCUGUCAGCUCAGCCGGGGAUGACCAACAAGAAGACAGCUCAUGGAGAGACGGCCCUGCUGGUCGCCAUCAACAAAGAUUACCUGGAAUGUGUUCGGUUGCUGCUGGAACACGGAGCUAACCCUAACAUCCAGAACAAUGAAAAAGAGACUCCGCUCUACAGAGCAUGUGAGUUGAACAGUCCUGCGAUAGUGGCGAUGCUGCUGAACCACGGGGCGACGGUGAACACCCGCUGCAACCAGGACUAUACGGCUGUGCAGGAAGCGGUGGUCAGAAACAAUGUGGAGAUCUGUGAGAUGCUGCUGAAGGCCGGAGCCGAACUCAACCUCCGCAACAUAUACGGCAUCACGCCGCUGUUCACGGCAGCUCAAUACGGGCAGCUCGACACGCUGCGCUUCCUCCUCAAACAAGGUGCAGACAUUAACACACAGGCGGCUGAUGGAGCCACGGCUCUAUGUGAAGCAACUAAAAAUGGACACGAGGGAGUUGUGGAGCUGCUCCUGUCUGAGAGCGCUGACGCUAACAAGCCUGGUAGGACAGGACUAUUACCACUUCAUAUCGCUGCUGAGAGAGGAAGUGACACAAUCGUCUCUAUGCUGAUCCCGGUGACCGGUAAGACCAGAGUCAGCCGGAGUGGAAUCAGCCCACUGCACUUGGCAGCAGAGAAUAACCAUGACGACACUCUGGAGCUGCUAAUUGAGGCGGGCUUUGAUGUCAACGCUCAGUUAUCCGAAGAACGAACAAAGCUGUACGAGGACCGCCGCAGCACCGCCCUCUACUUUUCCGUCUUCAAUAACAAUAUCUACGCAGUGCGCAUGCUGCUCAGCGCCGGGGCCGACCCAAACCUGGACGUGUUCAAGCCGCUGAUGGUUGCUGCCAGGCAGGGCUGCAUUGAGACCGUGACCUUGUUGGUGGAGCAUGGCGCCGACAUCAACGCGGGCAUCCCGACCCACCCCAGCACCUUCCCUGCCGUCUACAUGUUCUCCAUGAAGUACCUUCCCAUGUUCAAGUACCUGCUGGACCAAGGCGGGAACGCCCUCUCCUGCUUUGACUGUGAGUUCGGCAGCCGGACUCAUCCGCCGCUCACAACCUCCCAAUCACAGAGGAUUGACCGGCGGGGUGAAGACGCGGUACUGGAGCCUCACCUGAGGAGAGGCGUUCAGUUCUGUGAGAUGAUCUCCAUUCCCAGUAUCUGUCGGUGGGCGGGGCCAAUCAUUGACGUCCUGUUGAACUAUGUUGGUCAUGUGACUCUCUGCUCCAGACUGAUGGAACACCUGGACAGCUUCCCUGAUUGGAGCUGCAUCAAGGAGAAAGCAAGUGAGUCGAUGGGUGACGGUGGACUGACGGCGAUCCAGCAGCGAACAGACCUCCACCGAGGCCACUGCUCCAGCUCUGCAGGCUACAGGUUGUGCAGCUGGUUGGAAGUCGACGUGUGAAGAGAUUACCGCUGCCUAUAGGUCUGAUCCGCUUCCUGCAACACCAGGAGGCGUGUCUGGACGACUGAUGGUGCCCCUCCAGGCCAACUAGUGGACCGAUCUGUUCCCUGAUGGACCUGCAGAGAGAGUCCGGAGAACCACAGAUCAGCCUGUGAUCUGUGGUUAGUGAUGAUGUGUGGAUGUUAUAUUUUGCACUGUUUAGCCCGGUGUGAAACCCCUUGUAGAGGAAUUGAGAAAAGAUCUGUAUAAGAACUUUAAACUGAGGGAGAAAAAAGAAAGACAGAGUAUGUAUGUGUAUUAAAGAUUCAUAUCUUUUGUUAUAGGCUAAAGUCUAACUUCGAAAAGUUUCUAACUCUGGUGAUCUGUGCUAAUUUUGGCCUUGAAGACGUAUAGCAACCUGAAAGCUGGCUGUGUAUCUCUCUCUCUCCUGUCUCUGUGUGUGUGUCUUUCUCACCACCUGCACCUCCCUUGUAAUAGAAAAAGAUUAACAGUCUUAUAUAAUCAUUGUUGUUUUUUAAAGCUUUGGUGACUAUAAAAAAUCU